GAUUAGAUUUUAUUAUUUAAUAAUCGCGUUAAUAUUUAAGAUGUUGAAGUUCAACGGGUUAGUAAUUUGGAGGUUAGGUUCACGAGCAAUAAUAAGGAAGUAUUCCAGUCCUAGUGCUACAGUAUUUAAAACAGAAAAACUUGAUUCUUCAAAAGGCAUCGGAGACAAAAAUAUUACUAGCCCAGAAACAAAUAGCAGAGAUAACCCAACAGGCUUAGUGGCAGCAGCCUUUGCUUCUAUAAACUCUCCUGAGAGUGAAGACAGCAGGAAGCCAAGUCCGAAGUCAGUGAAAUUGAGCAGAUACCAGAUAUUAGAUAAUGAAAUUGCUAGAGCAAAUGAUGUCAACAGUUUACUGCUGGUCGCUGAAAACCCUAUAGUUUCCAGACGACAUGCAUUAAAGAUGGUUUCAACCCUAUCAGAAUGGUCAAGCAGUAAUAAAGUGAAACUAAGUGACUUUGAGAAGGAUCCUCGAUUUCUAAAGCUGUGCAGGAUACUGGCACGGUCAACAUCAUCACAGGCUUUGAGUUCUUUGACCAUGGCGGAGGACUUGAGUACAGUGCUUGGUAUUACAGGUGAUGAUGAGGCUGCAAGGUUGAUUGGGAAUCUGUCAUUGACACAAAUGAUUAAGGUGAUGAAGGCGUUACAUUCAAAGGGUCGUCGCAGCACGCCGUUACUCCGCGCUCUCUCUCACAAUAUCACAAACCAAUCGGAACAAUUGGAUUUAAAGAAAUCAGCUGAUCUGCUGUUUGCUAUGGCAUCGCUGAAUUUCCCUGAUCCUGUAUUAAUGGAUAGGAUAUGCAACGAUGUGAUAAGCAACCUGAAAUCCAACCAAGACAAGCCAGCGGUGGUGACCUCCAUCAUGGUGUCUCUGGGGCUGCUGCGUUACCGGCACGAGCCGGCACUGUCCGCGCUGGCGGACUGGCUUCAGGCGCACCGGGACGUCUGCAGAGCCAGCGAUGUGGCCUCCGCAGUGGUCACCUUCGGUACACUGGACUUUAUACCCCCCAUGUGUGAAGGAUUGAUAGAGAAUGCAUUAUUAUUGAAAGAAGAGGAGAUGGUGAAGCCUUCCUCGUGGUUGGACUUCGUGUUCUCUUUGCUGACGCUGAGCCACGCCAGAGAAGACCACCUCCUGUCCACUGUCAGACCGGACUUUAUUGACAAACUGCUGUCAGCUGGCGAGAUACCAAUCCCAGCUCGUCGUAAACUCAUGUCUAUUGACGCAUACAUAAGUAUGAAGUUCCCGGAGCGCUCGCGACUCGCGGAGGACAUCUCUGUGGGCGUGCCCAUACUUUAUACAAAGGAAAAAGCACUCUAUGUACAGAGCAUUAUGGAUACGUUUAAAAGUCUCGUCUCUGCUGAUGCCUUUAUGAAGAGGGAGUGUAAUUCUGGCAUGGGAUUUCUGUAUGAUGCGGAAUUUGCUCUCAACUCCAAAUGUCAUCCAGUUCCGUUAGAGAAGGCGGUAAAUGAUAAGAGCGUGCAUAGAAUAGCAGUUCUGGGUCUGGAGUACCACGACAUGACGCGCCGCAGCGUGGCGCCGCUCGGAGUCAACCAGCUCUACACCAGGCUGCUUCAAAAUAAGGGUUUCAAAGUUCUUCAAAUUCCAUACACAGAGUUCAAUCCUAAAGACAAGUUGGUGACCCGAGUGCAGUAUAUAGAAAAACGUUUAAAGCAAAUAGUGAGCGAUACAUUAUAGUGGAAAUCUUGUAUAUUAUGUACAAAUAGAUUUUGUCCCCUAUUGUGAUGUCUCUAGGUUAAUUUUACAAUGACAACACUCGUAAACUUUAAAAGGCUAUUCUAUGAGUUUGUUUAUGAAAAUCCGAUUUAAAAUCUUUAAUCCUUGAAAGCCUGAUUUUUAAAUCAAGUUAAAAAUGUAUAAAUGUACCCUUUACUAUGUU